AUGGCUGCCUCUGAGUAUGUUGGUCUUGGUGAAACGAACAAGACGAAAGUUUUUAACGCUAAAAUACCAAAGACAACUAAAUGGCGUCGUACUCGUGAGAGGGAUGUUGCGUCCUCUGAAAGAAACCUGGACGAACAAGAUUCGAUUGCUGAACCAGAUGAAGAGUUACAGCCUUGUUCUGAUCCCUCGUUUACCGUGGGAAAUGAAAGUCAUGAUUUAACAGAUGAUUGUGAUAAUCAAGUCAGUGAUGAUAAUGACAAUAAUCUUAAUCGAUUUGUUCAGUUCCAAGAAGGUUGUGGAAAUCAAGAUGAAAGUGGUGAUGAAUUGUACCAAUCUGAAGCUGACCAGGAACCAGUGGAUGAACCAUUGUAUGAAAAUGCACCUGUCACCCUUGGUCAGUGUCUACUACUGAUAAUGUCAUUUGUUCUUGGCAAUAACCUAACCAGUGUGGCUGUUGGUAACCUCCUUAAAUUGUUGAGCAUGAUACUCCCAAUUGGAUCUCGCCUACCUCGAACAAAAUAUUUAUUCGACAAAUAUUUAAUGGUUUUCGAGAAGGACUUGAACAUAAAUUUUAUUGCCCUAAUUGCCAAACACUUUUUCAAACAAGUGAAAAGUUAA